AUGGUUAAUUCUCUCGUUGGUUUCGAAGAAGAGCAAGCAAUAGCGUCAUUGCUUCUCAACUGCCUUGCGCAGGGUCUAGAUCCUGAAGAGUGUACCUUUCAUCUGGAGCGCAAUGUGGUGGAUUUCUUUCAGGUUCGUGACCGCAGACCAAGUCACGCAAUCUCUCCUGUUGUCUUGGAAGCAAUUGCGACGCUAGCGACAACUCAUCCUGCGUCGAAGCCUCGCACCCUUUCCUGUUUAUUAGUGCUUGGAGCAGCUUCCGUUUCGUCUUGGAACUCUAUCACAACAUCGAAGAUUUUCGAUAUGCAUCCGGAGCUGUUCCAGCUACUCUCAUCGUUCAUCGCAGGUAGCAACCCGCUCUUUCAGUUCUUAUCAGGCGAGAUUAAACAAACCAUAUCAUCCGCUUUCAUUGAUCUAUCGAAGUACGGCACACAUGCAGAGUUUGGCCGCUUAAAAACGCUCCCAUCCACCCCAGUGUCGCUUGCUAUAUCUGAAUUUGCGAGAAACGUGAAUAGUCACAACUCUGUACUAACUGACGUUCUGCAGUGUUUACCCUUUGACACGUUAGAGUCUAUUCCGGAUGACAACUGGGUUCAGGUUUUGGACCUUGCUCUGGAGCACAACAUCAACACAAAAUGGGUGAAACUUCGAAGUAUGCUUGGUUUAUCGCGAAAUACCGCAGCGAGAGCUGAAUUGCUGCGGAUCAUACGGAAACAUCCAGAAAGUGGAAUCUCACAUCACGUGGGAUGGUGCAAUUUAGUCGCACUGCGUGAAUUCGCGCCCCUUUCCAUUGAAAAGAUUUUCUCUUCGCUAAAAGACAUUGAUACCAUUGAAAAGGCUUAUCAACUUGUGAGAAGGAAUCGUUUAGAUGGAGAUGAGAAAAGUGUGAAAACUGCGGCGUCUAUUUGGAUGACUGAGAAAAAUCACCAUCUCGUUGCAUCUGCUUAUAUAGCAGCGCCGUCGGCGCUAAUCAAUUUAGCGAGCAACAGUAACGAUGUGUUCCUUGCUCUCAAGGAUAUCCCCGAAACAUUUUGCUCACCGAUUGAUGUGGUCAUGGAUGGUCAUUUGCUUGAUCUUUUGUCAACCGUACCAGAGUUUUCUCGCCUCUUACGUCGCAAAAGGGCGCAAGGCGAGAAGAGCUCCCUGCUAGGACUGAAGCGCAUCGCAAUGAUUCAUCCAUACCUGUUUGCUCGUCGAUUACCAUGCCUUCUUAGUUCGGGUCGAACUGUGUUGUAUGGGUUGAGCAAUCCCGCAGCGCGAUACGAAGAGGUAUGCCUAUGCAUGCUGGAGAUAGUGCUUGAGACUAUUUGCAGCUUGCCAUUAAUGUGUGUUGAUACGACUGAAGUCGAAAAAUUCAUUGUUGAAACAAUGGAAUUCGUACUGGAAGAGAACCGUGCGGUCAACGGUGUGCCAGAUAUGUUUUUGGCCUUGGUCCUGGUUACCUUCAAGGCAGUAAGCUUCCUGGCCGGUAUGAUGAAGAGUACUCGAGUUUGUGACUUGAUCAAAAAAGUUGUAUUAGGACAAGGCACAAGCGAGCGUAUAAGGGAGGCAGCAGAGGUUUGUUUAAAAUGUACUGAUAUUUGA